UUUGCUUCUCCAAUUACAGGCUAAACGAUGCAUUGAAUUGCAAGGGAAGAAACAAGCUAGGUACGCAGAGCCUCAUUGUGCCAUCACCUCAGCAUGGAUAACCUAGAGGGGGACCUGUUCAGUGUGCUAGUCCCUCAACGCUGAUCCUCGGGGCCUGCCCUGCCUGGACAACAUACUCCAAGUCUCUGCCAUCUACUCCAUCUGGCGUCCGCUGCGGCUCCCACUCAAGUACCCCAACUGCCACAGUGUGGUAGAGCUACCACCAACAGGUGUUGACGCAUUGCCCCAAAAUGUCUCCCUCCACGCCAUCAUUGAGAAGGAAACCAUUUGUUUAAUACGUUUUUAUGAGCUUAUGCCCCGAUGGGACAAUGACCUAUCUUUACAGUGUACAGUAUAAUGAAGUGGUAUAUCAUUUAUUUUAUUCCCAUCCUUACCUGUCAGUUCCAGAAGGACAGCCACCCAAGGCCCCCUCCUGCCCUGCGCACCACCGACAGCCCCUCAACAUCUGUGUCCAGGACCGCCAGCUCAUCUGUGGCAUCUGCCUAACAGUGGGCCAGCACCAGGGACACCCCAUCGAUAACCUGCAGGCAGCCUUUAUCAGGGAGAGGCAGGCGCCCGCUCACCUGCUGGCGAGGCUCUCAGACCACCGCCGGGCAGAGGUGUGUGAGCUGGGGGAGCAGGAUAAGGCCAGCUGUGAGGGCCUAGUGAGGCAGGCCGUGGAACAGUACUUCCAGGGGCUGGAGCUGGUGCUUGCCAGGAAGAAAGACUUUCAUGGGGGCCUUGGACACCGCAAACGUGGAGGUGUCUCUGGCCUACGAUCCACUCAUUGA